AUGGACAGAUGGAAAUCAAGAGUUGUAACUUUCAUCAAGUGUGCGAAUCCAGUGAAUUCAUCUCUCUAUGUGAACACUGCUCCAUGCAUGAAUAGUACUACUGGGGGAGCUACUUCUUUGUCCCAACCAAGAACGUAUAGCUACGUCAUCGUGGGCCCAACAGCUGCAUGGAAUUUGGAGGAGGGGUGCAGUAUAGGGUGGACGGCUAUGACUUCCUUGAAUGAAAAAGACCGAAACGCUUCUUAUAGUCUCAUACACAAUGCUCUAGUGUACGGCUUUGAGCUUCAGUACAGCACAGUUAACGUUGUGGAAAUCAGUAAUUAG